AGACAUUCUAGGUUUCAGCAAAACGGGGUCUUCACAUGACAAGCAAACACGCGUUUCGACGACCCUUACCAUCGUGGUGGUACAGGAAAUCACAUCUUUACACGAUUCGAGUGAGCUCAGCAAUGCAGCGAUUAAGCAGGGCAUACCUCAAAAACAUAAGCAGCAGGCUGGCAAAGAAAGCCCCAACACGAAAAAUGCAGUGACAUGUUAGACCUCGUCACAGUCGACCCCUAUGCCGUCCUGAUUGGGUCAGACUCUUCGGCUCUCCAAGCCCAUAGAUCUAGUUGUACUCGAUUCUAGAUUUCUCCAGGCGGCAAGCAUUCUGGGAGUGAAAUCUCAUUAAUCUUUCCUGAUUCAUGGAAAACGCUCCCCCGGUUUAUGCUCCUCGACGACACCAGCGGCAGAGCAGCUGCCAGCGAAGAGUACAGCUCGGGUUCACAGAGCUCUGUGUGACCGUAAGAGCGGUACCUGGCCAAGCGUCACACAGCAAAAACAAAGAGGGAGUGGCCGCACUCAGUUCAGGUUUCGCAAUAUUUUUCCAUUCUCGUGAAGAGAGACUCCAGUGUCACUCCAGGAUAUUUUCAAAAGGAAACACAGUGACCUUCUGUAUGUCAUCCACUUUUCCGCGUCCCGAUAUGGCCGUUGCAAUUAGCUAGAGGCAGCUCAAGCGACACAUGCAGGGGGCCCAGUGAAUCCGUGGCGGGUCCAUCGGCGACGAUGAAGCCGAUGAGUACGGGACUUUGUGGACGGUAUUUUUUCCUCUUUAUCUGGAGAGUGGUUGGCCACGGCGUCCAGCUCCUCAACUGCUAGUACGGGCCUUCACCCUCUCGUCCCGUGUCGUCUGGCUGUCUUACUGAACGCCAUCUCUGAAUCGAUCCGCGACCGGGGUUCCUCUCUAGCAUCCGGUGGAUGCUUUUUCGUGUCUGCUUCGCUGCAGUUCGAUGCGUCAAGCGACAGUUUUCCAGAAACGGCAUUCUCUUCGGGUUUUUUUUGCGCAGAGCUGCGCCACAGGAGCACGACUUUCCCCUGCAUCUCCGUCGUCGACCACCCACGCUGCCUCGCGGGCCGUUUGCCGAGGCUCCCUCGACCCACGUCACUUUGGAAGAUGUGUAGGACUUGCUGAUAUGACUCACUGAGAUUCAAGUCUUGGGUGGUCACAGGCGUGUGUCUGCUUAGUGCAGCUGCAGUGCGCCAGCGCGGCUGCGCUGUCGCGAGGCGAAUGACCACGGUAGAGCGCUCAGAAUGUAUCAAGAACGUGCAUGUUUCUACAACAGAGUGACCAGCUUUGCAGGUUCGGUGCGGCUCCGCCUUGUUGCCAGGCAGCAUCUUCUUUCUGCCGUCGGUUCGCCUCCGAUGACUCGGUCAGCCAACUGUGAAUAACGCACCCUGCACAGUGGCGGUAACGCUCUGGACCUCCUCGCACGCUCUUUGCAUUCCGAGGUUUCAUAGUAUCAUCGCCACGCUUUUCGCCUUCUUCUAGUAAGGGGUCCCAGCUGGUAAUUCUUGGCAUACAAAGCAUGGAAAUUCGGGACAUCGGCCGUCGGACGCAGUGGUCUCUUUGUCCAGUAGCUGCGUGAACGGCUGCGCAUAAGCGACAGCGUUUUCGCGUCUUUCCGUGUAUAGAUCUGCAGGGAAGCCAGCGCGACUUUUUGUUUUCCACUCAGCUUUUCCAUAAUCGCGAAGAGGUGGAAAUGGCCUCCCUCCCGUCAACAGGUUCCGACCUGUCGGCGGUUCCUGAGGCGUUGCGGGGGAUGAUUGUUCAAACGGAUCCAGAGAACGGGACGGAGUCGACCGCAAACCUAGCAAACCAUUUCGAUGCGUUUGAGGACACACUUUCUUCAAAUGUAUUCGGUGAUUCACGCAAAGGCUCGCUGCGGUCACCAUGCCCCCCCCUGCCCCUGUUACGCCACUCCCUCCAGACCCCCCAGAACGGACACCUUCGGUCAGACCCUGCGCAGAGCACACCAGUGACCCAGGCGAAUCUGAAGAACUUCCGACAGUCCCCUGCUGGGAGCGCGCCUGACCGCGAGUCUCUGCAGCUCAAAUCUGGCCGGCAUGCCGUGAUUGUCAGGCCGGAAUGUCUUCAGUCGACCGACGAGAGUGUCGGGAUUGCUAUCUCGUCACAGAGCAGCUCGUUAAAAACACGGAUGAAGGCGGAGUGGGUGGCAAAUUCUUCAGAGUCCGACGAGGGAAGCCUUGCGGGAAACUCGGAACCGAAUCAUACGCUGUACGCACAGCCAGUUGAUGGCGCUCACCCCGGGGCUAGUAGCUCAAGGCAUUCGUCUGGAUCUCGAUCUGCGAGUCCGCUUAACAUGUCGGCAAACGGUGACAAUGCCGAGGACAGAUCUGGGGCGUUUUGCACGCCGAAAAGCGCCUGCACCGAAGAUAAGGCUGACCUGGAUCGAAUAGACUGUGCGUUGGAGGUUGUUCGCGAGUAUGGCUUGGACCUCACCGCCGAGGAGUGGCAUCGACAAGACAAUGGUGACACUUCUGCCUCAAAGUCGCUCCUGCCUUGGGAACGUCUUGACCCGAGACACAGUGUCAUCAGGCUGGCAAGAAAUGUGACAGGUUACGGAUUUUACUUUGGCGCAACAGACUCCCCGUACCCGGCGGGCAGCGCUGAGGAGAGCCCCAGUGGCAACGCAGCGCCGGCCGAGCAAAGGAAAGUUCUCUCCAAAGAACAACCACGAGACGGGGACCCAGACGCCCAUGAAGAAGCUGGAACGUGGGUCGGCAGUUACGCCCGACGCUUCCGUUUCCACUCAGUCGUGCGACGGAACGCAGAAAACAAACCACCGAAUGAAGUUUCCGUGGCAGUUCUCCACUCAGCAAGCAGCGAAAAGACCUACACCUUGUGCGGCUGUCUUCGUUAUGCGACAGGGUGGAGAAAAUAUGGGCGCCAGGCUCAUGCGACAGGUCCUGGGAACCGAAAGGAGCUGCGGCCUCGGCAGCUGCGGCAGCUCAAGUGUGAAAACGCUCCCCCUUUCCUCGGUCCGCAGAGGGAAGAACACAAGAGCAGAACGACGCUUGUUCUCGAUCUUGAUGAAACGCUGGUUCACAGCUCUUUCAGGCCCGUGCCAGUUUCCGCUUUCGCCAUAACGGUGGAAGUCGAGGGGAAGCCGCACACGAUACACGUGUGCAAAAGACCCGGUGUCGACAGGUUCCUGGAAGUUGUCUCCCGCCUCUAUGAGGUCGUCAUUUUUACUGCCAGUUUGCAGACAUAUGCCGACCCUCUGAUCGACCUCCUUGAUCCGAAAGGCCUGUGCCCGUAUCGCCUAUUUCGCUCUUCGUGCAGCCAUUGGAAAGGCUUGUGGAUUAAAGACCUGGAGAACCUUGGUCGCGAUCUGCGGCGCGUCAUUCUGGUGGAUAACUCACCCAGCGCCUACUUGCUUCAACCGUGGAAUGCACUUCCCAUCAAAAGCUGGUUUUUCAAUAUGGCGGACCGAGAGCUCGAUGAUCUCACGUCAAUUCUUGCAGUUAUGGCAACGGUGGAGGACGUUCCGGCUGUUUUAAAAGAAACUGUAGGACCGUCGUGUCGAGAACGUGUCCUGCAACAGCUAAGACUGUUAGGCGAGGUGGAGGACGAGAGAGACGAAGCAGAGUGGUUCAAGUAUUGCCCGAUUUGAACGAUCGUUUCGCUGUGGCGACGGCAAAGUUGCACGACGGGAGGUCCCGGGUUCUUGCGCAGUUUUGAAGAAGAGAUCAGCGUCUCACGCGACAAAGCUCGACGUGAACAAGUGCUGUAUUUGUCGCUGUGACAGCGACUGUCGGUAUCUGGACGUCUUUCGUGAUUCUGCGGGUGCCUUCGUGUGUUGUGCCUAUCAUUCAGUGUAGGCUCUCUGCUGGGUUGUAAGUGUUUUUUGGCAUUUCGCUUCGCAAAACUAGCUCGACCUCACUGGCAGCCGCCGGAGGAGACGCGUAUUGAGUAGCACGGUAGCGCUUGUCGGCUGUUAUCAUGUAGCUCUACUAGGGAACUGAAUAAGUGGUUGUUUCUGAGGCAGCGUCCUUUUUUUCAUUUUAAGAGCUGUGAGGCGUUGAGAAUGUAAUUCCCUGGCGGGGAAAUGUGCGUUGCUGUAACUUCAUGUUGGAGAAACCAGACCGACGCCGACCAAUAGAAUCUACGACAUGUUAUUUUCCAUGGAGUUUAUGGUACCGAAGAAGAGGGGAAGUUCAGGGCAACUACCCGGCUCCGUGGCAAGGUUGACUGACAAGCAUACACUAAGGUGGUCAGGGAGUGGAGGUGAGUUGUACGGGAGCUGUGUAUCCUUUUCCGCGAUUGUUGAAUGCCCCUCAUUUCCACUACAUGUGGUUUCCUGAACCAGUUUUUUUUUCGCAUGUCAGUACAUCUUGUUACUGUAUGUGUAUCGGGGACGUGAAACUGACGUCAUCCAUUCACCAGCUGAACAAUGGCCGAAAAGGUCGCUUUCCCUGUAAAAAAUCAGGGUUUUCUCAAUUACUUGUCCAAUUUUGUAGUCAUCAGAAGGACUCUCCCCGUCGAUUAUGGAGCGUGAUAUGAAGGGUGAUGGAGCUGACUGAUUUAUCACCG